CCGCAGGAGCCUGCGGCCCCAACGGCAAGCCACUCUCUGCUUCGGGGUGAUAAAGGUAGUGAAAAAGAAAAUAUCAAGAUGAGUAAAAAGCCUCCAAAUCGUCCUGGAAUCACAUUUGAGAUUGGUGCUCGUUUGGAGGCACUGGACUAUUUACAAAAAUGGUAUCCAUCUCGUAUUGAGAAGAUAGACUAUGAAGAGGGGAAGAUGUUGGUCCAUUUUGAACGUUGGAGUCAUCGCUACGAUGAGUGGAUUUACUGGGACAGCAAUAGGUUGCGACCCUUGGAGCGACCAGCAUUAAGGAAAGAAGGGCUGAAAGAUGAUGAAGAAUUUGUUGAUUUUAAACCUGGAGAAGAAGUCCUAGCUCGUUGGACAGACUGUCGAUAUUACCCUGCAAAGAUUGAAGCAAUUAAUAAAGAGGGAACAUUCACAGUACAGUUCUAUGAUGGUGUUAUUCGAUGUCUUAAGAGGAUGCAUAUCAAAUCUAUGCCAGAGGAUGCAAAAGGGCAGGCGCGCGAGAGGGAGCAGAUAGCGCCGGAGCUGAGAUUAGUGACGGAAAUCGAACCAAAAGAAGAUUGGAUAGCUUUGGUCAAAGCUGCUGCUGCAGCAGCAGCCAAGAACAAAGCAGGAAGUAAACCUAGAACCAGCGCAAACAGCAAUAAAGAUAAAGAGGACAGAAAAUGGCUAAAAGUUCCUUCAAAAAAGGAAGAAACCUCAACCUCUACAAUCAUGCAGGAAGUCCAAAAAAAGGAAGAGGAGCCUACAUCUAGUGACACAUUUGUAGGAUUUCCUGUAGUGGAUGUUCCAAAGAUGGCCUUUGUGCAGGCAGAGAGCACGUUAUCACACAAGAGGAAAAGUAAUCUAGGCAACUCAUUUCAGGCAAAGAGAGCUCGUCUUAACAAGAUCACUGGUUUAUUGGCAUCCAAAGCUGUUGUUGCAGAUGGUGCUGAAAAAAAGGAAGGCAACAAAGAAACAGCUCCAGUCCUGGAGCAGGAGAUUUCACCUAAACCACAAAGUCAGAAAAAAAAUGAAGCUGAUAUUAGCAGUUCUGCCAACAUUCAGAAACCUGCACUGUUAUCCUCAACUUUGUCUUCAGGAAAGGCUCGCAGCAAGAAAUGCAAACAAGAAUCUGGAGAUUCUUCCGGGUGUAUAAAGCCCCCUAAAUCACCACUUUCCCCAGAAUUAAUACAAGUCGAGGAUUUGACGCUGGUCUCUCAGCUUCCUUCUUCUGUGAUAAAUAAAACUAGUCCAUCACAGCCAGUGAAUUCCCCUAGAUCCUACAAACAUAGCCAACGGAGAAGAAGAUCACAGCGUUUAGCCACUUGCUCCUUGCCUGAUGAUUCUGUAGAAAAAGUUUCUUCUCCCUCUUCAGUUACUGAUGGAAAAGUGUUCUCCAUCAGUGGUCAAAACCAACAGUCAUCAAAAUUGGAGGUACCUGAUGUUGCUCAUAUGUCACUUGAGAAGCGUGGACCAUGUCUCCCCCUUGAUUUAAGCCGUAGUUCGGAAGUUACAACACCAUUAUCCACAGAAUCCACUUUCCGUAAUGAAUAUCCCAGUAAAGACAAGGAAGAUAUUCAGAUGAUUACAUAUCUUUCUUCCAAAGCAGUAACUGAUGGAAGAGUAGCUACAACAGCGGCAGCACCCUCGUCCCAUGUACAUGCCUUGCAUCUGGAAAUGCCUUUAACCAAUAGUCUAAAGUUACCCAAAGGGAAUAGUAAAAAAAAGAGGUCUUCCACAUCAGUGAGCUCUGAAGGGACAGAGAUACAGUGCUCUGUGCCCGUAAAGGAGAAAUGUUUUGAGAGUCUGAAGGAGAAAAUAUUAAAGAACGUGAUUGAGAAGGACAAGCAUUCAGAAGUUGGUGCAGUGAGAAUGGAAAGAAAAGGAAAACUGGAAGAGAAAAGUUCUUCAACAUAUGGUUUUAUUUCAGGUAAAAAGAAAGAAAAGGAAAAGGAGAAAAAAGAGAAGAAGGAGAAAGAUCAUAAAUCAAAACAGAAAAAGAAGAAGAAAAAAAAGAAGAAAUCUAAACAGCAUGAUUAUUCAGAUUAUGAAGAUAGUUCUGUUGAAUUCUUGGACAGGUGCUCCUCUCCAUUAACACGGUCCUCGGGGAGCUCUCUGACUUUGCGCAGCAUGUUCUCAGAGAAGAAUACAUCAUACCAGUAUCCAAGAGCUAUCUUGUCUGUUGACCUUAGUGGAGAAAACCUUUCAGAUGUGGAGUUCUUGGAUGAUUCCUCUACAGAGAGUUUGUUACUUAGUGGUGAUGAAUACAAUCAGGACUUUGAUUCAACUAACUUUGAAGAGUCUCAGGAUGAAGAUGAUGCUCUCAAUGAAAUUGUUAGAUGCAUUUGUGAACUGGAUGAAGAAAAUGGCUUUAUGAUUCAGUGUGAAGAGUGCUUGUGUUGGCAGCACAGCGUAUGCAUGGGACUGUUAGAGGACAGCAUUCCAGAGCAGUACAUCUGUUAUAUCUGCAGAGAUCCACCAGGAGAAAAAGGUCAUUCACAAUGUCAGUAUUUUAAAGUGUAUUGGGAUAAUGGGCAGAAAGGAGAUAGACAGGGUAUUCUCCUGAAAGGUCAGAGGUGGAGUGCCAAAUAUCUUUAUGAUAAAGACUGGCUAAACAAUGGACACAUGUGUGGAUUAUCAUUUUUGAAAGAAAACUACUCUCAUCUUAAUGCCAAAAAGAUUGUGUCAACACAUCACCUACUGGCAGAUGUAUAUGGUGUAACUGAAAUACUGCAUGGACUGCAGUUGAAGAUUGGGAUAUUAAAAAAUAAACAUCACCCAGACCUUCAUCUCUGGGCUUAUUCAGGGAUGCGAAAAGAACAAGAACAAAUAACUGUUGGGGUAGAGAAAAAAUUAGUGACUUUGCCGGAUGCUGUUAAUCCAACUGAAAGGACGUGUCACAGUCAAAACCAUAAAGAGCCACCCAGUAUACCCCAGAAGAUGGAAGAAACAUACAUCACAAGUGAGCACAGUUACCAAAAACCACAGAGUUUUGGUCAAGACUGCAAAGCAGUCACUGACCCUAUGAGCUCAGAUGAUGAAGAUACAAGUAGUUUUGAGGAAGAUCAGGAAUUUCACACAGAGAAUAAAAACUGUUUACAAUACUCUUUUAAAGAUGAUGGCAUGAAUGAGCAGAAGAAUUCUGCUGAAGGAAACACUAUGUUUGUUUGUAAUGAAAGAAAAGGCUCAGAAGAACAAGUGGACACACAUCUUCAAUGGCAGCUAAAUCUCCUUACCCAUAUAGAGAAUGUACAGAAUGAAGUCACCAGCAGAAUGGACCUGAUUGAAAAAGAAGUUGAUGUUUUAGAAAGCUGGCUUGAUUUCACUGGAGAACUGGAACCACCAGAUCCUCUGGCAAGAUUGCCUCAGCUCAAGCGACGUAUCAAACAGCUCUUAAUUGACAUGGGGAAAGUACAGCAAAUAGCAACGCUUUGCUCUGUAUGACAAAAGGAAGAAUAAAGAAAUAAAAAUAGGUUCUUUACAGUGAAUUUUCUUACUAGCCACAAGACUGACAGGAAGGCAGCAAAAAGCUGAGCAUUUAUCUGGUUCUUUGCUGAUUACGUUAAUAGCCUGAAGCUUGAGAGAGGAGAGGAAAUUUAGAGUAAGGAAUCUGUUAUACUGAAAAUCUGAAUAUUCAGUGUCCAAGCUUCAAAAUGUAAUAUAUUACAUAGUGAGAAAUGUUGAUAUGAUUUUAACGUGAUAAACAAGAAAAUCCCCGCAUACAAGAAAGUUGAACAAACAAAAACUCUGUGAAGAACAGUGCUACUGUUUUGAAACCUUUGGCAAAAAAAUCUAAAUUAGCAGAAUUCAGCUGACUAAAAAUUCUUGGGAACUGCUUUUUUAAUGAAUUCCUCUUAUCUUGCUAGUGAAAGAUAGACACAGAGAGAUCUGUAUCCUCUCUACAAGGAAAGUUUUUUAGAUUAUUUCCUUCUCAUGAAUGUUCAGCAAAAUGAACAUACUAGCUUUGAUUUUUGAAAGAAAUUACUUAUCAUGGACUCCUUUUUUAAAGUAUUUUUUUAAAUAGAAAUGGUUAUUACAGCACCCUUAGGCUCCUUUAAAACAUAAGUGGCAAAUAGUGGUCAGAUGUGCCAAAUAAUAUUAAAACCACUGGCAUGAGAGUUUGCUUAUGACUUACAUGAGGUUUUUUCCAAAUCCUACUCGGUGCCAGCAAUCCAUCCAAAAUUGUAUCUAGUUUAUAUUUUUUUAUGUUCUAUUGCAGUAUUCAGGAUUCAAGCUGUAAUUUUUGUCCUGGGUAGCUCUGUUCUGGUGUUGGCCCUCUGAAAUUUUACCAUCCUCAGCUGGGAUGAGGAAUGACAAGAGCAGCAAAACCGUCUGUGGCUGUGAAUAUGCUAAACCACUAGAAUAAAUAUCACAAGAUACCUUAUCCAAGAUGUUUUUAUAGAAUCUUUCAGCUUCAGUCAAUGAAACGUCAUGAAACCAAAGGCAACCUACUUGCUCUGUUAGCUCUUGCUGGAUUUUGAGCCCAGGACUUCCCUGUGCUUAUAAGUUGCCACUGUACCCAGUGCUACAUACGUAUUUGUAUGUGUAUGUAUAUGUGUAUAGAUACACAUGUACAUAUAUACAUACUAUAUACAUUUAUAUCUACACAUGUCUAGUUUUAUUACAAUAGACUGUAAGAACUGGUGGUUAACAUGAAAUGUUACCUUUUAACAAGCAGUUUCUAAAAUUGAAAAUAAUGUAUGUACAGGUUUUGAAAUUUGUAAAAUAUGACUGUUAAGAGGAGGCUAUUUAACUGAUGACAUUAAGAUACUUGAACAUUUUAUGCCUCACGUCUGUUUAUCAGUUCUAGUUAUCUGUAUAAAUGCAUUUUAGAACCGAUAGACAGUAAACUUGAAUUUACCUUUUGAUAAGAGUACAAGCCACUGUACAUUCAAAAAUUAUUUAAAUUUGCAAACACACUGUUCUAUAUGUAAGGUACUGUAUGUAAAACUGUUUAUUAAAACUAUUCUGCAUACUCUACAUUUUCCACUUUUCUUCCUGAUCUACAUACAAAUGUAAAAAAGUGAUUGUUAUGAUGUACAGACCAUCAAAAAAUCAAAAAAUCUUCGAAUGCCUUUUGAGGAUGCAUAAAAUUGAAAAAUGUGCCAAAGAUGGAUUAUCUGGGAAAGACUUUGCAACCAGUGCAUUGAACUUUCGUGACAAAACCAUUCUUGAGAAAGAAAGCAGCAUGGCUGGUUCAUUGCUAAAAUAAACCUACCCGUCUGUCUA